AUGUGUUUGCAUUUGCAGGACUGGCAUGAUGGCUUCAGUUCAUUAGUUAACACCAUUUCCGAUAUUCAAUCUCUACUCCUGACGGUCAUGUGUGCUGCUGUGAAAAUGAUCCUCAUCAGAAGACUUUCGAGUUCUGUGACAUCCAAUCAUGCAGACCAGUUAGACAGCUGGUGCCUUGUGGAUUCAGCAAUCGCAUUUUGCAAACUUCAGCACCUCGACCCUUCUGUUUCUGUCAAAACUCAAGUUGACUUAAUUGCUGCGGUCCAUGAUUUGCUUGCGGAAUACGGUCUCUGCUGUGCUGGUAGAGAUGGCGAAGGGGAGGAAGGAACAUUUCUCAAAUUUGCAAUUAAGCAUCUUCUGGCCCUAGAUGUGAAACUAAAAUCACAACAUUGUACAAAUGGGAAAGAAGAAAAUACACCUCUGGACAAAAAUACUCUAGAAGAAAUCACUCUGGGUGACCUUUCUUCUAUCGAUGAGCAGGAGAAUUCUGAGGAAGAAAAUGAAAUAGAUAAGGUACAGUCAGCUAUUGAUAGUGCCCUGGACCAGUCUUUUUUCUGCUUAUAUGGGCUUAAGAUAAACCCAGAUUCAUCCAGUGAAGAUGACCUGGCAAUGCACAAAAAUACUAGUCGUGGAGACUAUCAAACCAAGGAGCAAUGUGCUGAUGUAUUUCAAUAUAUUUUGCCAUAUGCUAAGGCUCUAUCAAGGGCUGGCUUGAUUAAACUUCGCAGAGUUCUUAGAGCUAUACGAAAGCAUUUUCCACAGCCACCUGAUGAUAUAUUGGCUGAGAAUGCUAUUGAUAGGUUCUUAGAUGGCCCUGAUUUGUGUGAAAAGCAGCUCUGUGAAGUAUAUGAAACUAAUGGAAGCCGGGACUCCAUCAUGAAUUUAUUAUUCACAAAUGGAAGAGGCCCUGAAACCUUCAAGAAAAGUUCUGUGCCAUACUUAGAGGUUUAUGCCAAUCUUUAUUAUUUUAUAGCCCAAGCUGAAGAUAAUAGUGCUACUGAUAAGUAUGCUGGAUUUGUUCUGAAAAAGGAAGGAGAAGAAUUUGUAGAGCAAAAUGCCAACCUAUUUAAAUAUGAUCUGUUGUAUAAUCCUCUGCGUUUUGAGAGCUGGCAGAAGCUUGCAAAUAUUUAUGAUGAGGAAGUCGAUCUCUUGUUAAAUGAUGGCAGUAAGCACAUUAACAUUUUAGAUUGGAGAAAGAACACCGAUCUGCCCCAAAGAGUUGAGAUGGGUCGAAAGCAUAGUAGAAGAUGCCUAUUGAUGAGUUUAACACUAGCUAGUACUCCAAUUCAACAGGCUGAGAUACAUGAACUGUUGGCCCUAGUUUACUAUGACAGUAUUCAGAAUGUCGUACCAUUUUACGAUCAGAGAUCUCUUUUACCAGCAAAGGAUGCAACAUGGAUAGCUUUUUGUCAAAAUUCGAUGAAACACUUUGAGCAGGCUUUUGCACUUAGGCCAGAGUGGCUCCAUGCCUUUUUCCUUGGAAAGCUCAGUGAGAAGCUUGGUCACUCCCCUGCUAAAGCUUUUUCAUACUACAGCAAAGCUGCAGUUCUGAACCCGUCUGCUGUCGAUCCAGUUUAUAGAAUGCAUGCAUCACGAUUGAAGUUGCUUUAUACUCGAGGAAAGCAGAAUUUGGAUGCCCUGAAGAUUGUUGCUGCAUAUGCCUUUAACCCGUUGACAAAGGAUGCAAUUUUAACAAUGUUUGGAUGGACGGACCAAGAUCUUCUACAUUCAACUUCUGAGGUCGAGGACAUAAAUGUUACAGAUGCUCCAAAAGAGAAAAGCAAUGUUGAUCCUGAUUUAUUGGGAAAAGCCUGGCACGUCCUUUAUGAUGACUGUCUAUUAGCCCUUGGAAUUUGUGUAGAAGGGGAGCUAAAACAUUUCCACAAGGCACGAUACAUGAUCGCACAAGGACUGUAUAAGAGGGGUGAACCAGGUGACCUGGAAAGGGCAAAAGAGGAACUUUCAUUUUGUUUCAAGUCCUCUCGAUCUUCGUUUACGGUGAAUAUGUGGGAAAUUGAUGGUACAGCGAGAAAGGGAAGGCGGAAAAAUCCUGGUACUGGUGGAAACAGAAAAAGUCUGGAGGUCAGCUUAUCGGAGAGUUCGCGAAAAUUCAUUAGCUGCAUUCGUAAAUAUAUGCUGCUCUACUUGAACCUAUUGGAGAAGACCAGGGACUUAGUGACUCUGGAGAAGGCUUAUACAUAUCUGCGAACUGAUAAGAGGUUUUCUCUGUGCUUGUGGGAUAUUGUUCCGGUUGCUCUUGGAAAAUAUAUCCAACUUAUAACGGCAGCAAUUCGUAAUGCUGAGGCUCAUGGUGCUAGUUGUGAUACCAAUUCUCUCGAGCAACUCUUGGAGAAGAUGUUCACUGUCUUCAUGGAUCAUGCAAACAUGUGGUCGGAAAUAAGCACAAUACCUGAAGUCAACGAUCCAGAAUUAUCGGAGAGCAGCCUUUAUGGCUUUAUCCACCAAUACAUCCACCUCUUGGAGAUUGAUGCCCGAUUAGAAACACUUGAAGGACUAAAUGAGAAAAUCAGGAAACGUUUCAAAAGCCCAAAAUUGUCUCAUAGUAACUUUGCAAAGGUAUGCAGGCACGCUUCUCUAGCAUGGUGCCGUUCAAUUCUUAUAAAGUUGGCGUCAAUUACUCCAUUACCAGAAGCUGCACAUUUGAGCGAUCAACUGGUCCCUUUGAACACUGGGCUUCAGCUCUACGUUGACUUGCAACCCGAUGAGCUUUUGGUUUCACCACAAGAAGGACCUGCUCAAUCGAAAGGUCUUGAUAUGAAUUGGUUUGAGACUCUUUGUAGGUUAAAAAAUAUCCAAAUUAGGCAAACAUCAGAAGAGAAUAUGGAGGCUGCUGUUGGUUUAAUGAGAUCUACUUACAAUUUCUAUAGGGAGUGCUCUUGUGGGACAUUUCCAUCAGGUAUCAACCUGUAUACAGUAUUGUCGCCACCAUCAGUGGCCGAAGGAGUACAACCUAGCCAAAAUGUAGUUGAUGCCCUUGACCUAAGUAUCCCGAGGAAGCUGCUUUUAUGGGUGUAUACCUUGGUGCAUGGCCGUUAUUCGAAUAUCUCAGCUGUUGUAAAGUAUUGCGAAGAGAUGAAGUUUAGAGCCAAAAGGGGGAUCCCGACCUUGUCUGCUCCAUCACAAACAACUCUGUCCACUGGUGCUUCUACUGCAGUUGCAGGUAAAGAAAAAGUUGAGCGCGAUGAGAACAAUGAAGCUGGGGAUAACCCCUCUCCUCUGAUGGCUUGUAAUCAGCAUCAGGAGGAGCCUGCAUGCGGUUCAAAUGAGGCUCAGAAAUCAACCAGCGUUUCCUCGCAACUCCAUAGGUGUAACUCUUCUAUGUCGGCAGAAAAUGUUCAGGACAAUAGCUAAUGGAAGCAAAAAGUACAGAGUAAUUCUUAAAAAGCUUUGUUUUUAACUCCUGGUGCUAUGCGGUGGCAUCGGCAAUUAUUUUCUUCACUCUGACAGUCCUUUGCAUAUAUCUGAAGCAAAACAGGCUAAGUGUAUAUAGAUCCCAGGCUGUGAGUAUAACAACACAUGAUAAUUUGUAGGGCUAAUCUCUUCUUUACUGAUAUAUUGGAGUUUUUGCUGGGUGGCAAUUGGAUAGCGGCAAUUGGAUAUUUAAUCCUGUAAAAAAAUUGAUUGUCUUGCGUAUGUAAAGAAUUCCAGUUGGGAAGCCGCUUUUUGACCUGGUUUCUGCGUAAAAAAAACUAUGUUAAAUGUGAAUCAACCAUCUUAUCAUGGUAUUGAGUUACACAAAUACUAUUUUA